GUGGGUAUAUUUUGACAGCUGGCAAAACGAAAGUGAUUUUGCCGGUAUAUAAUGGCAGGAAACGGUGGUUUUCAGGCAUCAAGCGGUUACAAUGACCGGCCUCCUUCCUCUACAGGGAGUGGCGAGGCUGAUUUGGCUGUGGACCCAGCCAGUAGCAGUUUUUUUAACAAUGAAUUUAAGAGGCAUGAAGACUUAAAGAUCAUGUUGGACAGUAACAAGGAUUCACAGAAGUUGGAUGCCAUGAAAAGGAUCAUCGGGAUGGUGGCGAAAGGAAAAGAUGCAUCAGACCUCUUCCCAGCUGUGGUUAAAAAUGUUGUCUCCAAAAAUCUAGAGGUAAAGAAGCUGGUGUACGUGUACCUGACCAGGUAUGCUGAAGAACAACAGGACCUGGCUCUUCUCUCUAUCAGCACAUUCCAGAGGGCACUUAAGGACCCAAAUCAGCUGAUCCGAGCCAGCGCCCUACGGGUGUUGUCUAGUAUCCGUGUACAGAUGAUCGCCCCCAUCAUGAUGUUAUCCAUUAAGGAGGCAGUUAUGGAUAUGUCACCCUAUGUCAGGAAGACCGCUGCUCAUGCUAUACCCAAGCUAUACAGUAUUGAUCCUGAGCAGAAAGAUCAGCUGGUAGAAGUGAUUGAGAAACUGCUGGGAGACAAAACCACUCUGGUAGCAGGCAGUGCCAUUCAGGCGUUCGAAGAGGUUUGUCCGGAAAGGAUUGACUUGAUUCACAAGAACUACAGAAAGCUGUUGAAUCUAUUGGUGGAUGUUGAAGAAUGGGGCCAAGUUGUGAUAAUCAACAUGCUCACAAGAUAUGCACGGACACAGUUCGUCAACCCUAACCAGGGGGAUACUGUAGAUGACACAGAGAAACCAUUCUACGAGUCAGAGAAAGAUGAAGAUGAUGAGAAUGAAGAUGAUGAGAAUGAGGAGGACGAAGCCAAGCCCAAGGCCAAACCUUACAUAAUGGAUCAGGAUCAUCGGCUGCUGUUGAGGCAGUCAAAGCCAUUGCUGAACAGCCGAAAUGCUGCGGUUGUGAUGGGAGUGGCCCAGCUGUACCACCACUGUGCUCCACGAGGGGAGGUAGGACUGGUCGCCAAGUCCCUCAUUCGACUUCUCCGAUCUCACCCUGAAGUACAGUACGUAGUCCUCAGUAACAUUGCCACCAUGUCUAUCAAGCAGCGCGGGAUGUUUGAACCAUACCUGAAGAGCUUCUAUGUUCGAUCAAACGAUCCUACGCAUGUCAAACUACUCAAGCUUGAGAUUCUAACAAGCCUGGCAACAGAGACGAACAUUUCUACCAUACUUAGAGAGCUGCAGACAUAUGUGACGAGUGCAGACAAAGAAUUUGCUGCGGCCACUAUUCAGGCAAUUGGUCGAUGUGCCAGCAACAUUGCCGAGGUCACAGACACAUGUCUUAAUGGAUUGGUGCUUCUUAUGUCCAACAGAGAUGAGGGAGUGGUGGCUGAGAGUGUGGUUGUCAUCAAGAAACUGCUUCAAAUGCAGACAUCAACACACAAGGACAUCAUCAUACACAUGGCGAGAAUGGUGGAUAACAUCACCGUGCCAAUGGCCCGAGCCAGUAUCCUGUGGCUUAUCGGAGAGUACAGCGACAGGGUGCCUAAAAUAGCUCCGGAUGUGCUUAGGAAGAUGGCAAAGACUUUUAUACAAGAGGAGGACAUUGUAAAACUACAAAUCCUGAAUCUGGGAGCAAAGCUUAUGAUCACCAACAGCAAACAGACCAAACUCCUCUGCCAGUAUGUCUUCAACCUGGCUAAGUACGAUCAGAACUACGACAUUCGGGACCGGUCACGGUUUCUACGGCAACUUGUUCUGCCAUCAGGGGAGAAAGGAGUUCUGUCCAAGCAUGCAAAGAAGAUUUUUCUGUCGACAAAGCCGGCUCCUGUGUUGGAAUCGAAGUUUAAAGAUUGUGACCAGUACCAGCUUGGUACCCUGUCUCACAUGAUAAACUCAAGAGCUACAGGGUACCAGCAACUCCCAGAAUGGCCAGAGCAUGCCCCUGAUCCGUCUGUGAGGAAUGUUGAGGUGGUUAUGCCCUGGACAGAGAAAACUCCACUAAGGAAGGACAAGAAAGGGAAACCAAAGCCAGAGAAAUCGUUCUAUUCCAGUUCAGAGUCAUCUAGUCCUGAUGAUGACAGUUCGGAUGAUGAUAGUGAUUCAGAAGAGGGCUCAGAGGAUGAGUCGGAUUCGGAAACAGAUUCAGACAAAGAGAAGACUGAGUCAGAAGAUUCGGAAGAAGAUUCAAGUGCUUCCGAGGACACAGAUUCCGACAGUGAUGCACAGCCAACACCAAAGAAGAAACCAUCCAAGCCAGCCCCAGUGGUUAAGAAGGAUGAAUCAAUUAGCGGUUCAGACGACUCAUCAGAGGAAGAUAGUUCAGAUGAGACAAGCUCAGAGAGUGAACCAGAAGUGAAGCGGAAAGGCAAACAGAGUCCUGCCAAAAAGAAGGCUGAGAAGAAGCCAGCAGCUGCCUCCAAACCUUCCCAGGAUUUAGAUUUACUCCUUGACUUUGGUGCAGAUGUGAGCCCUUCAAUGACCCCUAGUGCCCCUGUAGGAGCAGGGGCUGGUGAUUUGUUGACCCCAAUGAGUGCCCUAGGUCUGGAUGCUACCACAGCCAAGCCAACAGCUCAGGCAGCUCAAAUGUUCACCCCCCAGAUAACAGGCAAGAGUUACGAGCUAUUGAACAAACUAACCGGCAAUGGCCUCAGCAUCACGUAUAGAUUUACGCGAACCAUCUCCAUAUUCUCCCCCAAAAUGGUCUCUAUUGAGCUGGCUUUUACAAACAGCAGUGAUAAUACGCUAUCCGGAAUAAAAAUUGGACAAAAGAAAAUCCAGCAGGGCAUGGAGAUUCAAGAUUUCAAUGAAAUAUCUGCCCUGGCCCCUAAGAACUCCACCUCAGUGCUAAUGGCUGUCAACUUCAAUGACACCACCCAACCUGCAGGGUUUGAAAUCUGCACAGAGGAUAAGAAGUUUAAUGUCAGUAUUACAGCUCCUGUCGGGGAACUUAUGCAGCCUUAUAACAUACACGAGAAGGAGUUUUUAAAAGAACAAGGUAAACUCUCGGGUAUGCAAGAAAACAGUACAAAAGUAAAAAUUGUGGAAGAAAAUGCCAAUAUGAAGUCCAUUGUCACGUCAGUACUGAAAGUGGCCAAUGUUUUACAAGUUCCCAGUACGGAGGAGAAUGCAUUCCGAUUUGCCGCUCAAACUUUGGCCACCCACACUCCAGUGCUGGUUACCAUAGCAACAAAAGAGGGCGGGGAUUCCAAACUGACUACGAACUGUGAGAAGAUGGUGAUUGGUGCUAUGUUGAUGAAAGACAUUAAGAAAGCUUUAGAGAGUGAUUAAAGAUGAAUCAAUAUGACCCCAAACCACCAUGAUAUAAAAAUUCAUAGGGAAGGUUAUUACAGUCACAUGAUAGUCCUGAGCUAAAAAAAUGUUUAUGGACUAAUUAUUACAUUCUUUUGACAAAUAAAGUAUGGAAUUAUCCAGGGUGGGCGUCACCCAAGUUAAGGGUCAUAUCUACUUGGUUAAGUGAAUGUGUGUCAUAAAUGUAUCAUUGUUUCAUUAAGAUAUGUGCAUAUAUGUUUACAACAGCAGUUUCAAUAUCUUUGGAUUUGUCUCAAGAUAAGAGUUGAUUUAGGGGUCAAUUGGGAUAGCAUUUUUUGGAGAAAAAAAAUCCCUGCUCGGCAUAAAUUGAAAAAAGUAGUGAGUUUGUUAGUAACUUGUAUUUUUUCCCCAUAAAUCUACCUUUUUGGGCCAAGAUCAGCAAUUUCACUAUCAUUUUGAAUAUUAUAUUUUUAAUGAUUUGACUUUUAAGCAUGUUUGAAGAUUGGUAUGUGAUAUUUUGAUCUAUUUGUGGUUUGAUGUAAAUCUUUUUUUUUUUUUUAAAUAAUUAACAUAAAAUCGAAAAAAAAAAAUAUUCUGAUAUUUUAAGAAGUCUAUUUGUUCCUGUAAACCCAAAAUAUAGUAUGGAGUAUAGGUAUUAUUUAAACAAAUAUUUGUAGGGCUGUCUUUCGACAAAUGUUGGGGCCAAUAUAAGGGCCCCAUUCCCCAAGCCAAAGAAUAGACCCUUUUCCCAAAAUUUUGGUUAAAAUUCUCCAUAAUCUCAGAAAUUUAACCUUUGAAAAAAUGAUUGCGGGCCAAAUGUGAUUAAAAAGUCUCAUUUGUUAUUGACACAAGUGACUACAUUGUGUACUGUGUUCUGAUACAUGUAUAAUUUUACAUCAAUUUGCAUUAAAAAUAAAUUGUUUUGGUUCUGUCAACUUGCAAAAUUCUCUUUUUAGCAAAAAUAAUGCUAAAUUCCCCUUCCCCAGGCCCCCCCCCCCCAUCCCCCAUUCCCCAAAUGUAGAAGGACAGCCCUGAUUUGUAUCGCAAAUUGUUUUAGGGAAUCAAUUUUUCUCUGUGCUAAUAGUAUUCACAUUAUAAUUGUUUUAAUUGAAAACAUGUGAAUUAGAUUUUUUUUUAUUUUACUUCAAUCUAUGUUUCUAGUGUUUGUUAGAUAAGAAAUAAUCAUAUGUCUUCUGAUUUAUUGAAAAUAGUUAUUUAAUGUCAAAAUGUGAAUUACACAUAUAUUUUCUGAAAUUUGUUUCUUAGCAAUUAGUAUAAAAAUGAGAAAUAAUUUGUUGUCAUAAUUUUUUGUGCAGGCUCGAAACUUGCAUGUUCUUAUGUAUGUGAAUGUAGAAUUUAUUUUAUGUGCAAUAAAUUGCUUAUCAAAUGUAAAAUUUAUUAAAUAAAAGUUUUCUGAAAAGGAGAGUAUAUAGAUUGUAAUAAACUUAAUUUUCAAUGAUUGUGUGCAAAUUAUGUGCACCGAUAUUAAGAUUUAUAAGGUAUAAAAACAGUCAUUUCAAUAAGUCAUUGGCAACUGGGACCAAUAACAUAUCCUACUCCCAAUUGAAGAAAAUGAUAAAUUGUUAACCCUGGUGGCCCAUAUAACAUUGUUAUUAUUUGAAAGGGUAUUGUUUCUGUCUACCAUUAUGAACAAUCGGUGAUUUCAAAAAUAAAUAUUUUCACUGCCUGUGCCUUGCAAAUUGGGAAAAAACUAACUUUGGGAAAAAUACAAAAUCAGGCCAAAAAAGUUCAUAUAAUAACAAAUAUACAUGUUUCCACUUGUUUAUGCAUACACUUUUCUGUGAAAGAGAUUUUGUUUAUUUUUCAAGAAAUUCAUUGCUUUUUUAUUCAUCAACAUCAUCUGCAAUUAUCAAAUUUUGGGAAAAAAUGUGAAUUGUUUGGGAAAAUAUACAUUUUUGGCAAGGGGAAACAGUCUCUAGAAGGCAGUUGUUUGCACUAAAAUAUUUCACUGAAAAUACUUGCCCGUCAUGAAUUGACGGAAAAAGUAAUUGGGAGUUCUGUUUUUAUUUCAUCUGUAAAGUCAAUUAAGUAGUCUAUUUGGCAAUCUUAAUCAAGGCCAAAAAAAUUACUAUUAUUUUCCAUACAAAAUUUACAUAUUCCGUCUCUGCACAUCAAAUCCUUUCAAAUUGUAUCAAAAUAAAAUUGACCAUAAGGCAUCUUAAGUUGAAAUUAUUGUACAAAGCCUUGUUAAAGGGUACCCCACAUUGGGCGGAUUGUUCAGAACCUUGAUAAAGUUAACAACAACGUUAACAGCAUCGUUGUUAACUUUGAAAUGUGAUCUAUUUAGUAACAUGCUCAUACAUAUAGAUAAAAUAGAUACGUAUGAAACCAGUGUCUCAAACCAUGUAAGAAAUACUUUAAAUCUCAAGUGUGUGGCCAUUUUAGUAUCCAAAGAGUAAAUAUUUGAAGUUAACAAUGAUGACAUUAAUAGCGUUGUUAACUUUAAAAAGGUUCUGAAAAAUCGGACCAUUGUGAAUAAAAAAAUACAAACGAGAGCCCAUAGCCAAGUAUGUGUUCAAAAUGUCCCUCUGUUAUAUCUUGUUUUCAUGAGAAGUUAAUGUUUAAUGAUAGUACAUUAUGUUAUAAAGAUACAAUAAACAAAUUUUAGAUGUACUGUUAUUAGUUUUAAAUUGUUUAAUUGUGCGUAUCUAAAAAAAUCAAUAAAUUAAAACGGUCUUAGCAUGGAUUUUUAAUCGGGUUUUCCAUGAAAACCAGUCUCAAAUUUUCUCGAAAAAUCUUAAGUACCUUAAACCAGAAUCAAGCUCAGCACACUAAUUUUGAUUUGGUAUAAGU